AUGGCUUCCUGCCGCAUCCCGGCCCUACGGCACCUAGUCACCACCUCGGGACGCGCCUUCCGCGCCUCGAACCAGCGCCGCUGGGCGCAGGUCCAUGAUGCCCGCUUCCUCGCCACGACCCAGCAGCCCCGCGCCGUCGUCGAAAAGUACCGCGCCAAGCUCGAGCGCAAGGCCCAGCAGGAGGGCGUCUCCAACAUUGACGAGCUCAAGGCCGCCUACGCCGACAAGAUCCAGGAGCAGAAGAAGAAGGACGCCCUCUCGGUGCCGGGGCUAGACCACCUCCUCAAUGACGAGCCCGCUCCCACGGCGAUACCGACGACGGCGACGGCAACGAGCGAGACAGACACCCAGACCCAGACAAAACAAACGGCCACCCCGAUCCCCGGGUCCUCCUCCUCCUCGGGCAACGGCGUCAAACCCCUCCAUGAGAUCCUCGACCUUCCCAAAGUGCGCGAGCUGCCCGACAAGGAACUCACCGCCAUCUGGCGCCUCCGCCACGCCUCGGACCCAACCUCCCUCUGCGCCGUGAUCCCCGCCACGACCUACGCGCAAAUGGAAUCCCUCGCCCGCCAGAACCCCCAAUUCAUCCUCCCCGUCCCGCACGAGUCCCAGGGCGCCGAGAUCCACUUUCUGCAGUGGGUCUUUGACGCCGCCUCCCUCACCGCGACCGUCAUGUUUACGCAGCUGGCCGAGUUCAAGGCGCGCGGCGAGUACGCGCAGCCGCACACGACUAUUACGCACCACACGGACCUGGCAGCCGAGAGGGGCCUCGUGCUGAUGCAGGGCAAGUGCCUUGAGGACCGCGGGGUCAAGACGUCGCACGCGCAGUGGCUCGUUCUCUGCCUGCAGCGGUUCUACGGCGAGGCUGAAGGCAAAGAGAGAGCGGAGGAGAGAAGGAAGCUGCUCGAGUGGUUCCGGCUGGGCGACGAGAGGUUUAGCGUCGAGAAGCUCAUGGAGGAGGCGGAGCGGAUUAGCUGA